UUAUCUGAUUCUAUUUUCUAACUAGAUUUUAAUUUUAGUUUUGCUGUAGGCCUAUAUCAAAAAAAAUAAAAUAGAAUGUCGUAUGGAAAAUCUAGCAAAAAGGAAAAGCAAUCAGGAUAUCCCACUGCAUCAUAUCCGUCUGCCCCUGCCGCACAGUACCCACCAGCACCACCUGGAGCAUAUGGAGGACAAUCUUAUCAACCUCAGCAGGCUGGUGCAGGCUAUUCAGGAUACCCAGGCGGUGCCCCGCCAGCAUAUGGAGUACAGGGUGGUGUAGCACAAGGAGCGCCACCUGCAUACUAUCCCCCAACUGGAGCACCCCCACCACCAACUGGUUAUCCACAAACUUACGGAGCACCCCCAGGACACCAACCUCCAACUGGAUAUCCACAAACUUAUGGAGCAGCCCAAGGACCCCCACAAACUUAUGUUGUUCAAAACGGGUUUGAUGCUGGUGCAAGAUUCAGCCAUGGAUCUGCUACUCUUCCACCACCCCCACCAGGUGUGAUGCCAAGUGCAGCACAAGUAGCUGCAUCUCAAGGUCACAAUGUUGUUGUCACACAAAAGAAGGGAAAUGUUUGGACUGGUGGGUCAGAUGGCGGUUACACUAUUUGGUAAAUUUCGAUGAUGAACUUCCGUACUUAGAAAUAGAUCCUCAAUGUCUGUAAUUUUGAAUUAUGUAUAUUUUUGACAUGUAUCUUUUAAUGGUGUUAUAUACACUUUAAUUAUAGGUAUACUUUUAGUUUUUGUAUAUAUUUGAAAAAAUCUUGUGCUUCAAUUCUUAAUACAGACAACUGAUUUCUCAUUAUUUUAUUGUAUGCAUACCACGGAUUGGUGUUACUGCUUAAAUGCUGGACUGUACUAAGCUUUUUGCCCUUCACAUAGCAGUUUUUGAAUAGAUUUUUGUUCUUACUUUUUUCACUAAAAUACCAUUUUCGAUUCCUUGGGUCCGCAUUUUUCCACUAUGCAACACCUGAAUAUUGUUGAAGUGAAGUCGUGGUUCAGCUGUUCUUUCACUUAUAAGCAGAGUUUCCAUAACGUCUUUUUUUCUAAGAUUUGUCCUUAUUUUAAAGGACUUUGUCUUAUAAAACUUUUUGUCUUUAUUUCUAAGAAACGUCCUUAUUUUGACAUGUGUCCUUAUUUUAGGGGUAGAUAUUUUUAUACCGAGCACUUAGUUUGGUCAAUUGGUUAGCUAUAAGCCUAUUAGGCAACGUCCUAUGGACUUUCUUCUCCCUUGGCAUGAAUAUGAAAAUCCUAUCAUUUGAUCUGACAGGCUAGCAAACAACUGUAUUAAGAACAUAUGUAGAAAAAAUAAAUGUGAUUGUUUCUUUUUUGUCGAUAUAAAUACAAAGACCUGUACCACAAA